GAGUCACCGUGCGUCGUGCCUCCUUUUGUCCUUUGGCUUGGGUGCGUGUCAGAGAAUCGAACUUGCGAAAUCGCGGGCGCUGACGGCGGGUUUCAGUCCUUUUGGAGGGCGGGGAUACGCGUUUCACGCUGUCUUUGUCAAAGUCGAGAAACGCGCGGGUGCGUCUCGGGUUAACUUCGUCUCUAUUCUGAAUAUUCUGCAUUUUUCCUGGUGGUCCGACUCGAGGACGGCGGGGCUGUUUUCGGGGUUAAUCUGAUAUUCUCACUAUCCGGUAGAAGGCACAUGAAGGCAGUUUUGUUGCGUGCGACGCCCUGCUCCGGUGAGCGACCACGUUGGGAUGCAUUACCAUCAUGACUGAGCAGGAAAAAGUUGAGGGCGCAGGCCCGCUCGCCUCUACAGAUGCAAAUGACAAUGUUCUUGGGAAAACGCAGCUGCUGAUUGUCAUUUUGCAGAUCCUCGGAGCCUUGGGAGUUGGCGGGUACUGCAUCUUCGCCUCGCUUGCCGACCCCAAUGUCGUCGGCUUCUUCUGCAACGAUGACAGCAUUCGUUUUCCGCUGCUCCCGCAGACUGUGCCGGCGUUCGAAGCCUCGCUGAUCAUCCUUUUAAUUCCGCUGGUCUUGAUCAUUGUCGUGGACACCGUUUCGUGGGUUAUGUUCGGGGAGAGGUUUGGCCGCUGUGUCGACCUCGGCUUCUGUAGGCCGAGUGGCGUUGUGGCGCUGUAUUACCAGUCGUUCGGCGGCUUCGCCUUUGCUCUGCUGAGCUGCUACGCCAUAACUCUCACAGCCAAAAUCUGUGUGGGCCGCCUUCGACCCCAUUUCCUCAGUGUCUGCCAACCGGACUGGUCGCGAAUCGCCUGCAGCGAUGCGAACGGCUUCCUUUACAUCGACAAGUUUGAGUGCCUUGGGACCGACAAGGCAGCAAUCAAGGAAGCCCGCGUGUCUUUCCCCUCCGGCCACUCCAGCACGAGUAUGUGCUCGAUGUUAUACCUCAUCAUUUACUUGCAGUCCCGUCUUGUGUGGUUGUGGAGAUCCGGGGUGAAACCGUCCUCGGCUGCGCCGAAGCAAGUGGAAAACACUUGGCGGAUUCUCCGUUUCAUUUGCCCUUUUCUCCAGUUGCUUGCCUUCGGCAUCACCUUUUUCAUCGGCCUGUCCCGGAUCAAGGACAAGUUCCACCACCCGAGCGAUGUGAUGGCGGGGUUCGCGAUUGGCGCCGCCUGUGCCUUGUUUACGACCUUUUACAUCGCCGGUCUCGGCUCGUAUCAAAAAUGUGGAGUCGACGAGGAAACUGAUGAGGAGCUCGAAAACGCGGUUUAAGCCUUUUGUGGCUACGCUGAAGGUUGGUUGAGUGACUGUUGACGAGUUCCGUAUAAACUUUUACCGGGGGACUUGUGUCGUGGAACAGCGGAAAUUUUCAGGUUGUUGCGGCUCGGGCACUGGUAAUUUUUUGUGGAUAAGUCAUAGUCAAUGAAUAAUGCGCAAUUGCUUUUGUUUGUAUGGCCUAGAGGACUUGAGGUCCCAGAUUUCUGCGUGGUCAGUAGUCGUCAGUGUUCCUUUGUGUCACUGCACGUGAUGAGAGUGUACAUACACUCGUGCCACAGGUGAUUCCUGGUGUCGCGCCAACAGUGGCUGUUUUAUGCCCUACGGCAGCAAUCACUGUUCGAACAACGGGAAAUAUAGUCAGCGCUCCUGUGUGGGUCUUCACAACUGCAGGAGUGCAGGGCGGCCCGGGGAUUCAAUUUGUAGGAACUCUGUUUUUAGUCCGUUCAUGUUGAGCCUGUUUUACUAAGAUCGCAGCGGAACUCCAUAGCAGCUGCUCCUAUCGCAUAUAUGACUAAGCGAACCGUCUCGUUGGGCAGUUCGUUUUGUUGAGUCUCUCCCGGGCAAUGGGUGACGCAGCUGUCAAUUCGCCUAACUCCACGGGUUUAGAUUGUCAGAGCAUGAAGGUGAACACUUCAUGUGGGUCCCGUGUGCCCGUUUCGGAUUUCCAUGUGGUAACUCCCGUGAAAGGGAGUUUAGUGCGCAGCUUUGCUAAUUGUGUCUUCACAGUUCCACUGUGUGCCGGUCCCUUUUCUCCGUGACAGACAAAAGACUAAGCCUGCUGCUUGAGUCGAAGACAAUAAAACUGAUCUUCCUGUAAAAAGACAAACAUUCUGAAAAUGCCACUGAAAAGUAUGGCAGUGACACAGUUGUCAUCGGUGCGGGCUACCGCCAGCGCGAUUGCCCAAAUGAGAGGAAAUAGACUGGAGUUCUUAUCAGGUGGCGGUGGACGAGAACGCGCUGGCAAUUUUGAAAACGUGGAGAGGGAUCAAGGUGUCAUCUUUCGAUGUAUGCAGGAAGGAAACCACAGACGGAAGACAAAUUCGCGUUAACAGUGCAAGGCGGAGAAUUCAUGUGUGGUGGAUUGGUCCGUAUGGACGAAACCAUUGUUCACUAGAAUUGCAAGAAAAUACCUUAUCGAUGACCCACAAUGUCCGUAAACAGCUCAGGUCAUUCCGCAAAUUAAGCUUUGAACGUCUACACGCGCGCUUGUCGUAUUUUCUGCUGAGCAUAGCAUAUUACGCCUAAACCUAGAACUGCUAUUCUGACAUUACAACACCAACAAACGUUUGCGUCUUUUCGGGCUAUUCCUAGAAAGGAACCAUAGCUUCUUUGUAGAGCAUUUUGCUCAAUGACAUGGGAGUCUCAUUUAAUCUGCAAUCUAUAACAGCCCUGAAGCGACGUCUUGAACGGAGUCCGCACUCGUUAACUACCGGCACGUGCAUCGCACCCUUGGAUUCGCUAGAGUGCAGCAGACUUACGCAAGAAAAUGUUCUUUCAACCCGCCAACUCCGCUUCACCAGGUGCCUGGAGUUGGAUUCUAGCUUGAAUACUGGUGUGCAGGCUCGUGGUCCUCCCCGCGUUCCCCACAUGUGUGUAUGGGAGUCUAUCCUACCUCAUCACGUUUUCUGUCUUAACAGUCAAUCGGGGGGCCAGAGCUGCUCAGUCGAGUCCGACGCAGUGCUCUAUGGACACAAGCCAGUGAGGUGAAUCUCGCCAAUGUGCGAGGGGAUCAAUUGUCGCCCGGUUAUCAGUACUAGGACCGCCAGUGAACUGGUGUGAACGGACUUUUGACAUGCCCAGUGAUUUAGCUUCCUCUGUGGUUACCGCACCGGCAAAGAGAUGUGCACAAAUAUAAACUCUUGCACGGCAUUGGCCCCCAGAACAGUCGAAGCCUGGGAUG